AUGGCAGAAGAUGACGCGGAUGUCGCGGAAUAUGUGCUUUUCAACAAGCGCGAUGCCAAAGUGUACCAGGUGCCGCCAGCAACAUCAGCCACGGGCCAUCGAGCUGCCGAUUGGAAGGAAGCCAUUUGGAGAGGAAAUGUUCGGAUAGUGGCACAUGGCAAAACGAUGACUAUUCGUUUGUUGGAUGCUGGCUCCGAGACUUUGUUCGCGCAAUGUGUCAUCCCCAAUGGUGAGUACGAGCAGUACGUGGAGCGGGUCGUGGAUUCAAGCCGGUAUUGGGUCUUGAAGAUUGUGAACGGAGCGCGCCAUGCCUUCAUUGGCUUCGGUUUCAGCGACAGAGGCGAUGCUUUUGACUUCAAUGCGUGCUUAGCAGAUUUCAAGGCGACAUGGGUGGACAAAGAGAAAGAAGCAGCGGCAAUGGAGGCAUUGCCACAGAAAGAUUUGUCGUUGAAAGACGGACAAACAUUGAUGGUGAAUUUGCCCGGAAGAAGCGGCAGGAGAAGGGAGCAAGCUGCAAGUGAAACUGCAAGCGGCUAUGGCAGGCUAGCUCCACCACCAUCAUCUGCGAGUGUUCCUCUGCAGGCAUGCAAAGCUACAGAGGCAGAUGAGUUCGACGAUUUCGCUGACUUUCAGUCUGCUGCUGCGGCUGCUGCAGAGACAGCUGCGCCAUACAACGUUUGGUUUAAUCAUUUUGUGAUGGGUGCUGAUAGGCUCGGUGAGAGCGGUUCUCUUCCUGCGGCGGCAGAGGCAGUGCCGGAAAACACUCCGGAUGCUUGCAGCUUAGUGCCGGAUGAGAAUGCAGCCAAGGAUUCAGGUGAAGUGGAGGAAAGGACGUGUCAAAUACGUGGCAACCUCACGGAAAACGGGCAUUCCAUGGGUCCAUGA